GAGGAGAAUUUCAGAGAUAGUGGGGAGACAGACGAAGCAGCAGAGCCCCGACUGAAAGUAGGAGCUAAAGGGAGGCUUCUGAGGAAAGCCGGUGUUUAUAGAGAAAUCUCUUCCUGGGUUUUAUUUCUGUAUUCAUCUGCCACCAGGACUAUGGACUCGUUGGUUGACUGACUAACAGACUGUGAGGUAAGGGAUGAAGUGUAUUUCCAGUGGGUGACUUUUUUUAGACUUCCAAGUUAGGCUUUGAGAAAGUUUUGCUAUGCUAAAAUAAACAUGCUUUGCAGUAUUCUGCAUGCCUUUUGGUAUGAAUGUUUGACAGAUCUAGCAGGGGAUUCUCUCACUCAGAGAAAAUGAAGAUCACAUUGGAGAGAAAAUGGGAUUAACUGCUUUAAAAAAAGUCUUUACAAAUAAAUUAUACAUAUAUUAAUUGUUUCUUUAUGUGCACAUGGUUUACCCUUUAAUUUGUACAUAUUGCAAUUAAUUUUGCUUUAUAAUUCAAUUUAAAAUAAUUGCCAAGAUAGUGAUGUGUUUGCUGCUUUGAGUCUUAAUCGCUUUAAAGCUAACCAAAACCCAAGUUUAUAACAAUCGUAUGUGUUAUUAUUGUCUCAUGUAGCCUUUAGAUAUGAAAACUUAAAGUUGAAUGACAAUACUUUCAGCUUUGUGCUUCACAGGAUGGUAAGCAAAGGUGUCCUCCUGAACAGCGCUGGUGGUCACAGGUUUUAGCCUCACUCACAUUGGUUCCAACAGUUCUGCUUCUAGCCUAUACGCAACCAUUUUACAAUAGCUUUGUAUUGUAUGCUAGUAUUUCCACCAUGGGUGGGCCAACAACUAGCUUACCUGCACAUCAGCAGGUCAAGUCAGUAUGACAAGCUGGGCUGGCCAUAAACACCGCCCUAAACCGAUACAAUAGACAACGGUACAGACCAUUUAGCACUGCACUCUCUGGCAACAGGCUUUGAUAACAAAACUUUUUGACACACAGACAAAUAGUUGUUGCAAGCAUGGCACAAUGAUUUGGUGUUUCAAAAGGCUUAAACAAAGGCCAGGAUUGUUCAAAACCAGGACUUGUUAGUGUUUUCAAGAUAUCUGUUAGGACUCAGGACACAAAACUUUAACACAGCACGGUCCUGGUCCUACUGGGACGCAUGGUCAUGUCAAUCUGAAAGUGUAAUUAAUCUUUUCUUUUAAUAUGUCCAUAUAAAUGUUACAAAUUUUAAGUGACCCUUGGAUGAAACUGGGCUUUCAUAAGACAAAUGCUAAUAAUCAGAUACAAGAAGUGACACAGCAGUAAUUGGGAUAGAUGCAUUAGCAGCACAGUUUUCAGGCUGAAUAUUGAUAGUCACUGAUAAUUAACCCAGUUUUCCAUUUCCUGCAAAGGGAGAUCAGUGUUGGACAUUGCAUUUAUUUCUGGUAGCAGAUGCCAAGUGUUUCUUCCCAGAGUUUAAAGCUGCAGUAAUACAACACUAGCUAAUAUAACUCCAUCUGUAGUUUAAAAACGAUUACCAACAGUACAGAUAAGUGAACUAAGGAUUUUGUAAAUCACUGUCAAAAUAAACAAUUUAAAAUGAAUCAUUUUCUUCGCUUCGCUGAAGUCACGUACACCAUGUGGAGUGUAGUGCCAGAUGUCAGCUGCAACAUGUCGUGCCACGCCCACUUUUUCAUAAGAAAUGGCCUACUCGGCAAAAUAAACAGUUUUUGGAUUAAGUUUUCAAAUUCUUUGGAUGUUUAUUUUAACUCAGAGAAUAGUAAUGCUCAGAGGGACUCUCAGCUUUGAUUUUCUCCAUAUAUUUCUAAGUUUCAAACAAAAUCUCCAGAGACUUUUACAUACGCUCUCACAUUUCUUUUCUCACUCUUUUAGCACACUGCAGCCUCCAGUAAAACACAAGAUGUCCUGGCAGAGGUUGUGGAUUUCUUCUAAUCCCAGUCAGUCCAUGCCGUAUGCUCUGCGGUGUCACCACACAACCUAAACAUUUGCUUUACUCUGAUAUAUGUAUUGAAAACACCCAAUUGAUGUAGCUGACAAGGCCAACUAGGGUAACGACCUUUAACUAAAUACCUCAAACCUUGUAGUUAAACAGAGAACGCAGGCUCAUAUCCAGAGCUGAAACUGAUCAAACUUUAUUAGAUCAGAAUCAGUUGUUCCAGCAGAUGCCAGUUGACUCAUGCAGCACAUGUUGAUGUUGGAGACAUUUUCAGCGUAGCCUUAGAGUAGCGAACAGAUGCCAACAACUUUCAACACCAUCUAAGUCGACUGCCACAACCACAGCGCAUUCCUGUGUGUUUCCAUUUCAGUGUAUUCACGUGGAAAAACAAAAGAGUGUUCACACUUUUAGAGCUAAAGGUAUAUUUGCCUGACUAAAGAGGUGUGUCUGAGUCAAAUAGCCGCAGAACAGACCUUAAAAUACAUCUUUAUUUGUCCAUGUUAGCAUUAGCACCGGGCCAUUAACUUGCACACAAAGUAUCAGUUGCUCACUGUCCUUCCUGCAGCAUUUGCUCAUCAUUGAUUUCUGUGUUCAUUUCUGCACUAUUUCUUCCGGCUUUAUUGAAUUGUAUUGAAUGCGCCACAUUCAAAGUCAGGCAUGUAUCACAUUUCAUGCUGCAAUAACCCCGCUAGUUGGAUGAAUUCAUAACAGUUUGGGAUUAUCUCUGAAUUUGAUUUAUGCAACUUGUGAAUGUCAUUGUAUGAAAUAUGCCAAAACCAAGACAGUGUGUGUAAUAAAAGCACUCUGGUGGUUUUCUUUUGGUGGUGUGCAGCCCAGCUAUGUGGGCGAUGUUUAUUUGAGGAUGACAAAAAAAGCUUUGUUGAGAGUUAUGGCUGCACUCCAUGCUCUGAUAGCCCUGAGUGAUAGAGCAAACCAGCUCAAGUCCUUCCCCUCGCAUGUGAUUGGGUAAUACAACAAUUUACAGGCCAGCUAAGACUAUGUGGGAUAGGUAGAGUCCUCUGUGAGAGGAGAGAAAAGGGUGGAAAGUUUCGAUCCUCCUACUGGUUUUCAAUAGGCUUAGAGGACAGGGUUAGAGGGUCAGAAACUCACAGAGAGCCACAGAGAAGAGUCACUCCUCUCAAAGUUCACAUCACUGCACUGGAUCAGCUUUGGCAGAGCCCAGAUAUCAACACUGACUGACUUUAAGGGUGCCUUUUUCCUCUCUUGCCUGUUUAUGGAUGUAAUCAUGUGGCGGGUAAGUCAGAAGGUCACUCCUCGCUGGGUUUGAAUUUUGCGUUACUGUGCCUCAGUGUUUUUCUACCAAAACACUGAGUCAUGAUUAUGUUUCCAAGCCUGCAGGCAGGAAUCUGUGCAAGUGUGAGGGUUGUUUGGCCUUGUUGUGCUCACAGAUGCCUUCAUGUUUUGAUCUGUGGAUAAUACCAGAGAGUUAGGAUGACUAAGUUGGAAGGCCAGGGGGAAUUUAGUGAUUAAGAAGUGUCAGAGACAGUUGGGUAGUCAAAGACAAUUUCCUGAACCAAAUCAGCGAUUUACUUAAUGCUGAAGAAUCAACACAGUCGUGAUUAAGCAACUACUUGAUUUUUUUUCUUGCAACAUUAUGCAUGAGGGUAAGCUUUCUUUUCCUUUCUCAGAGUCAUCUUUCCACAGACAUCAUAAAGUUUUUUAUUACCUUGACUCAAACAGAGAAAGCCACUGUAGCCCAGAGGGAGAUAAACCCAGCCUUUCAUCCAUAAUCUGCUAGCCUUGUGACCUACAAAAUACCAUUUACUCCACUGAUAAGAUAAAGGAUACACACUUUUUUCCCCCUUGCCACAUCCGUAUGUGCUCAAGUAAUACAUCUGGCCACAGUUUGUGACAGGACUGCAUACACACAGGAAGCAAAUGAAGAGUAAAACUGGGACAUUGCACUUGGGCCUACAGUUUCCCUUAUUAAUUAGUAACUUAUCUGGUUCCUGUGAGGAGGAAUGUUAGACAUCUUCCCACCAGAGUGGGCUGCCUUUGAUCACCGGUGUGACAAAUAGAUACCAAGCUGUCACCAUGGCAACACAUAUGGAGGUCUUUAUAAAGACAUCAUCACAUUGGUUUUAAAUGAAGAUAGGGAUGGAGUUUCAAAUCCUAUUAAUAUGUGUAUGGUAGUACUUCAAGUUUUUGUCGAGGACUUUAUUAUAUCUAAUGCAGCCUUUAACAAUUCUUGCACAGAUUUGUAUCUUAAGUAUUACGAUAAUGAAGAUCUAAUCAAAAAGAAGAGUAUCAGCAUAGAAACAGAAGUCAGCAUUGCAGUUAAUAAAGGAUACAGUAGGCUAAUAGACAGCAGGCUGUUAAUUAAAUUGAUUAACAAUAAGAACAAUUUAAAGAGGAUGAGCAGUAUCAGGUAAAAUGUGUAUAUGAUAACAUGUUGAAGAAAUGAAGGCUCAGGUUGAGAUAUUUUUGUGAACUGAUGAUUAGUGUAGAUGAAGUUUGACUAGACUUGAUUCAAUAUUCUUAAAUCAUAUAGUUUUUCAAGCAUAACUAACUAUCACCAGGUAACAGCAUAGUAGAAAUUGUAUAAUUUGAUUAAGAGUAAGGUUGGUGUAGUUUUUCAAUCAACCACGUGGUGUCGCUCUUUGCCUUCUCUACCCUGCAAGAGCUACAGCUCUGUUUUUACAUGACGUUUUCAAACGUGAAUGCAUCAGGUGAGACAAAAAAAAAAGGUCAGAACCGGUUUGUCUGAGUUUAUGUGAAAGACUCGAGUAUCCUGCUUGUAGGGAACACUUUAGAGCUCAGGGAAACGACUCUUUUCUGUGUAGACCUCUGAGCAGCCCAGGCUGCAUGCCUGGAAAGUCACAAGUUCCUAUGUGGUUGUGGAAAGGAUACGGUGUUUUCCCGCGGAUGCCACCUGCCAAGCCGCGCGCGCUGGGAGGAAAUGAGAGUUUGGUGCAACUUCAGAUGUUGACCACGAUGACCUUUACAGCCCAGACAGUAAGCUACAUGGAAAUAAAGGGAGAAAAGUAGGCUAGUGGCUGACAUUAAGACCUCUAUUUCCAGUUCCUAGUCUGUAAGAAACUCAUUAGCCAAAAACAUUGGGUACAUUAACGAUUUUUUUGGGCUGUUUCCUCAUUAUGAAACAUCCCGUUCACCCUGGACGGAAGCUGAGCCUCUUAAUGGAAAGUCAUAUUUUACUGUGAGCAUCAAAGUGCACUGUAGAAAAGUAUAACUUUUCAUACUAAUCCUGUUUGACUGAUGAGAUAUAAAUUCAGUAGCCUAAAUGUUUAGAUUUGUAAUUAACUUUCCCUCCACUAUCAGUUAAAUAAGACUAAUACUGACUGGUGGUCAGGGCCAGGCCUCGUGCAGCUAAUCUCGGUAAUGUGUGCAGCUGCAGGUCAGGUAGAUUUGUCAGUGUAAUCAGCUGGCUCGUGCAGCUCCAGCUGUAAAUCACAUUAGGCCUGAGUGGGCCGCUGCUGAGCAGGCUGCUUUAGGGAGCAGCAACAGGCCACGCAUUGGUCACAGCCACGCUGUGGAGACAGGAUUACAGAUAAAUAUGUUAGGUGUCUGCCCCAGGAAACAAGACAAGAGCAAUCACACUCUCUCAGUGGCUGAAUACAUGGGGAAAGAGCCAUCAUUAAAAGUGAUAAAAGACCAUAACCAAAAGGAUUAGAACAGUGCUAGAGCAGGUAAUUGUCUUCCUAUGUGAGACAUGGUAAUUGUUUCAUUUCUUAAUGACCCAUUACUUCAGAAUCAAAUAAGGCUCCAAAUGUUCUGUUGGUGGUUAAGUUCACCAUUUGACAAAGCAGCAAAUAGUCAGUGCAUCUGUCUCACCACAGUUAUAUCUACUUAUCCCCAACAUGUAGCUGCUACAAUCCUAAUUGUGCUGCACAUAUGCUACCAUUUCAUUUUAAUGCAUUUGCUUCUGGAGGGAUGGAAGCAGGAGAUCUCUAAACUGUCAUUAUUGCUGAAAUGGAUAUAUAUGUAACACAGAGAAUAGACUUUUUUAUGCGGGUGAUUAUAUGAUUAUAUUUUAACUUUUUUGAUGUUGUAUCUUUCAACAUUUUUCUUGAUUCACAUAUAAAAUGUCAUGGGAUGAUGAAGAGCCUGGAUCACAGCCAAAAAUCACCCUUAAAACAAAGUCUAUGUCCACCACCUGUAAACUGUUGUGUAUUUGCUGUCAGAGAGGGGACAAAAAAACAUGAAAUAUUCACUUUAAAGAUAAAAUACACAAAUUCUGACUGUUUGAUCCUUUAUCAGAUAAACAAGAAAAUGACUUAAAUGAUUAAUACUUAGCAGCUUUAGUCUUUUUCACAUUAGAGUACUCCACACAUGAUAUCAAAACCUGUAUGUCAAAAAGCUGGACAUGAAGUCGAUCAUGUUGAGUUUUAGAUUGCUUUGAUUUCUGGUUUGUUAUAAAAAAGAGAGGACACAUAAGCCAACAUUUUAUAAACUUAAAAGAAAAGAAGAAAAACUCCAUCUCCAUUUCAUGGAAAUCUUCCUUCAAAUCCCAUGACUGUAAAUUUCCUAACAGUUUGAGAGCGACUAUUGAGGAAAUUCUUGGGAAUUCUUGUCACAUUCCCGUGUGCAUCCCCUGAGCAGAGUAGCCCACACCCACUGCUUUGUCUAAACUUUAGCUCGCCUUUAAUAUUUACAGUGUGUGUCUUCCUUUUGGAGAGGAUGGACGCUCCAGGGACUCUCGUGAAUGACAGGAGAAUUGAAAUGGAGCACAGCAGGGGUGUGUCUGGAGGAAGAGGCACAUGGUUAGCAGAUGGUACCUUGGUGAUUCCCUCAUGAGGGCCAACUGGGACAAGCUUGAAUGUAGCAGGUGAUGUUGUGGAAGUGCCUGUCUUCAUUUGUAGUCCUGUCUGUCAGAGAGGGAGCUUAAGUGUCUUUCAGUGUCUGCUGUCAGGAAGAGAAGCGGGGAUUUCACAAGACAUAGAUAGUUUUAAAGUAGUUUUUUGAGUUGUUGCACCCACGAGGUGUAUUAAGCAUCACAAGCCGCUUGAGACUGUGAUGUAGCUCACUUUUUCCACGUCACUUUGUGAUUUUUUUUGGCGCUGAGGUAAUCGCGACUCUGUCCUUGGUUUCAGAUGAGUCCUGCAGUCUCUCAGGUGGCCUCUCGGCUCUGUCCUCAGCUUUUCUCUUUGAAUCCCAGGUGGCAUAGCUAAGAAAAGUUCCAAUCCAGAGCUUUGUGCGGAGGGAUGGCCACACAAGGAAACCCGAACCUGAUCCUGAUGCUUUGAAUUUCUGAAUGGGCAGGGCCGAUAGGACAUUAACCUGCCUGUAAGGGCAUGGCUGGGGCUCUGCACAAUUCCUCUGCUUCUGCUUGUUUUCUCUCUAACCCUCUCUCUCUCUUACUCACUCACACACACACACACACACACACUCUCUCUCUCUCUUCACUUUCCCAGUUACUGGCCAGCGCUCCAGCUGUAGGUGGAGCUGGCUUUCCUGGAAUUGUCGGGCAACUUUUCCUGUUGUGCUUGCUACCUCUUGCUCAAUCUUUUGCCUAAUGACAGCUCUGCUGCAGGAUUACUAGGGCUGUGAAGACUUGUGCCAUCUGGAUGCCCGUCUCUACAGAAAUGGCUGGGUUUAAUGGCUGGCUAGUGCAUUUGUUGUCAUAAAAAUGUGUCUAUGAUUUAGGUCAGGGAGUUUUUUUUUUCCUUCAGCAGAAAUGUCUCGGCAGUGCAAAGUGGGGCGAAAUCCAUCGGUGGGUAAAGUAAACUGUGCAUGAAUGGGAGAGCUUUCAGGAGUGCGUAAUGUACUUUGGGCUGUAGCAGCAGUUUGUAGAGGCUCUUUGCCUUCGUGUUGUUUCACACACUCUCUCUGUAACUUAAACCACAGGAGAUGACAUCAGAGGAUUACUACUUGCAUUGUGUUUUUGGUGCAAAAAUAUUCUUCCAUGUUGUAUUUUACGACUGAACCUGUUCGAUGAGACUUGUGUGUGUACUGUAACCGCUGUACUGUAACUGUGAGCCUCACUAGAGCGGCACUGUUGUGUGGUUACAGUACAAAACAUGUCAAAUAAAAUGCAUGCUAGUAAUGAAGCUGUUUUGUGCCGUAUUUUGGCUGACUUUUAGAGAGUUAGAAUUAAGAGUAUCUGAAACUUUCAGCAUAAGUUGAUACUGGAUGAUAGUUUGCCAACUUGAAAAGCAAUUCAGUACACGACGCUGUAAGCCUACAUACUCAAGAGGUCGUCUUUGAUCAUCUAUAAUAAUUUUGAGUCACCUGCAUUUCCUGAGAACAAAGUAUCAAAGGAAACAAAGGUCCCAGAUGCAUCACAGUCACCGGAGACAAGUGCAACAAUUGACUCUGUCUCGCACAGAGCAGUGGGACAGCCGCGUUGUCUGUGUAGAUUUGAAUAGAAUAGAAAAGAACAAACCCAGGUCUGUAGCUCAGAGGUAAUCGCUGUAUCCUCGCAACUUCAAAAGAGCUACUUGUGGCCCCGACUGUCCUGAUAAUGAGCUUUUGCCUUCUUCACACAUAAUGAGUGGAGGUAGAGAGUUCACAUAGAGAGAGACGCUGUGAAGCACAGUGUGUUCACUCGCAGCUGGGGUGUCCGACUGGCCGGGAACAAAGGCUCAGUGUCUGUGAUAGUGUGGAGCCCCAGCCAUCAGCAAGCAGGCCAAUAGACUUCUGCUUGGCUGAGCUGUCAGUCCUCGCUGGCCCCACCGGCCUGUGGACUACAGUACAGAGAAGAACACAUGGGGACAGGCUAGACUUUUCCUGUGCCAAAUUAAAAUGAGCUGCUGCUGCAUUCUCUGAGUUGUAAGUCCAGCCAAAAAGACUUCACAUGAGUCUGGUACAUGUAUGAUAUGACAUGUGUUUUUUAUGAGUCCCCUUCUGUUGGCUCGUUCCAUUUUUACUGUCUACUUUGUUAACGUAAUCAGAAAACAUUUCCAUAAAGAAAUAUUUAUAUAUGUUGAUAUAUUCAGUGUGCAGUGGUGAUCAAAUGAAAUUCAAGAUAAGGAUGAAUAAUUAUGUUUUUUAUACCAUAAAUGCUUGAUAAUAGGGAGAGAAUAUGCACAAUGCCAGUAUAAAUCACAACUCUUCUACACCUCAUGUCUGAACAUGAACUUUAGGGCUGCCAUGUUUGAUUAUAUUUUAUCAUAAAAUAUUCUGUUACUUUCAUUUUUCAUUUGCUUUUAGGAAUUUCUGAAAUUCUGCGCCUGUUACAGAUUAGUUCAGAGCCAAAUUUGAGGUCUCUGAAUAUUUUUUAUUGAUAAAUGUCACAUAGUUUUUAACUGCAAGUAUCUGAGUCUGAAAAGUAAUUAAAAUUUUAUGAGAUCUCUGAAUCGCUGAAUUCGACUGGAAAAUAUGUGACACAACACCUGAAGAAUUGUUCCUAACCUCCCACAGUUCAAGUCCUCUCGCAGACAUUAAUCUCUGUGUUUUCCUUACAGAUAGCUGAUCAGCUUCCCUGGAUUUCGCAGACUACCCCUCUUUGUUUUGCCUGAAAAUGGAAACACUGGAGUCGGAGCUGACCUGCCCAAUCUGCCUGGAGCUCUUUGAGGACCCGCUGCUCUUGCCCUGCGCUCACAGCCUUUGUUUCAACUGUGCCCAUCGUAUCCUGGUCUCACACUGCACCCCCACCGAGCCAAUUCAGUCCAUCAGCGCUUUCCAGUGCCCGACCUGUCGCUAUGUCAUCACUCUGAACCAGAGAGGCCUAGAGGGACUGAAACGCAACGUGACUUUACAGAACAUCAUUGACCGCUACCAGAAGGCUUCUCUCAGCGGACCUAACUCUCCUAACGAGACCCGGCGUGAGCGAGCCGCCCCCGACAGCAGAGCCAUGACAAAUCCCACCGACCGGGUGCAGUGUCAGUUCUGCGAGCAGGACCCUCCGCAGGACGCGGUGAAGACCUGCGUCACCUGCGAGGUGUCAUACUGCGAUGAGUGUCUCAAGGCCACCCACCCCAACAAGAAGCCUUUCACGGGCCACCGACUAAUCGAGCCGCUGCUGGACUCCCAUCUGCGAGGGCUCAUGUGUCUGGAGCACGAGGAGGAGAAGGUCAACAUGUACUGUGUGACAGACGAACAGUUGAUCUGUGCUUUGUGUAAGCUAGUUGGCCGACACCGGGACCACCAAGUGGCAGCCCUUAGCGACCGGUUUGACAAACUUAAGGUAAGAAAUGAUCCGUAGGAGUGAGAGGAAGGCUCAGAGAUUUAUGAUGCCCCGCACAAAACUCUCCCUACCGGUUUAAGCUCACUGAAAGCUGAUCUCUACAUUACUCACCUCCUCUCACCUCACAGUGUAUCAGGCUCAGGAGGUGUUUAAACAACAGCUGAAUUUGGGUUUUCUAAAGAAUCACGAGGGAGCUUUUACUGCUUAAUUUUGUAGAUUUGUGCAGUUAAAAAUCUGUCUUCUGACUCAACAAGAUCACUUAAAGUAUUUUAUAUCUAAAUUGAAUGAAAUGCUCUCAAACUUAAAGCCAUUUGUUUAAGAUUACAUUAAUGCUCCUUGUCGUGUUUUUUAAAUACAGUAUCUUUACUCAAAUCACUAAGCAUACAUUUCUCUUUCAGCAAUUAGAAACCUGAAACAACCUUUCAAAUGACUCCCACACAAAAUUAAAUCUGUAUCAUAUAAGUGAUCAUUGAUGUCGUACAUUUUUUGUUUUUAACACACAUCCUGUAGAAACUCUCUGUGGAGCCAGCGCCUGAUUGAUGCGGCUCGUUCUUCUGUUUCAUAGACCUUGAUUCAAAAACACAUCAAUAAACUACGCUGUGGCACUCCAAGACAUGAUCUUUAAUCACAACCAAUAUAGGUACUGUAAUUUAUCUCAGGUCAGUUCCUCAUGAGCCAUCCGUCUAUUAUAAAUAGUCGCGAACAUACCAGAGACAAAAAUGACCCCCAGACAAAGACACUACUUGUGCAGGUAUCCUCUAAACCUCUACAGUAUUGUUUUGUGGUAAAUAGUUCUAACUUUUUAAGUUUUUUAGAGGUUUACAUCUUCAGUGUGUGUUCAGCUCUUGAUUCGGGUCUUAUUCUGAGAUGUGUAAACAAAAACACGCAGAGUAUGUCCGCCUUAGUGCUUCCCCUAAACCCAAAUUUAUCAUAAUCCUUAAAUAAAUAAAUAUAAAUGGGGUGAGAUGAAGCCUGUCUCACUCUGGGCUAGUUUCAAAUGUAAUCCUUACCCAUGAAAGCAACUUUCCCAGUUUUAGGUGGAAGAGUAACUGCUCAUGUUUCAGCAGAUGGGGCUAAUAUCAAUAAGGCAUGAGGGGAUGCUGUUAGCUGGACAGAAAGGUGGCUCUGCAUCCCUACCAUCACAGGCGUGAAUCAGCUUCUUAUGUAAGAGUGAGAUUUUCGACCGAGCAGGAAAGAGUAGCCAGUGUGGUUGUUUUUUUUCCUGCAAUCUCAUGGGAUCAUUUGCUAGUCUUGUUUUUGGAUGCAAACCUCUCAGUUCAUCCCUAAGUGUACUCUGACAAUAGCAUGGCAUCCACUGCAUGAAAUAAAAAUGAAGCUCCUCUUUGUUUCCACUCCCCGUUUCCAUGCAUGACUCACAAAAGCGGGGUUGUCGGGGGGUUACAGCAUCACAAGAUACACUUGAAACCCUUCUGUGCCUGAUUCUUCCCUUUCACAAUGCUCGGUCACAGUGGAGCUGGGAUGCAUCAUUUUGGAAAGAAGGGUCAGAGGACCAGUCUUAACCUGUCUCCCUUUGUUUGAUCAUGCUGUCAUUGUGCAGAAAUCUUCUGGCUACUUGCUCUGUGUGGGGCGUGAUGGUUCACACCAGGAGGCCGACCAGGUGAUCAGAAACAUUUCUUUGAAAUACACACUCAAGGACAGGUUUAUUCUUCAGAGAAACGCAGAAUCAUACGUCGCUUUUCAAGGAAAAAAUCCUUGAAAAGCAACAUAUUGAGUCUGUCAGUGUUAUUAUGCAGAGAAUAUAGCCUUGUAAAAUACUGCAUUAUGUUUUCAUUUUUCAGUGUAGUUAUUUUCCUUUCUUUUUUAUAUCCACACACUUGAAAUGGCAGGAGACACUAGAGUGUUUGACUAGACAUCAAUAGAUUCCUUGAUCCUUUAUCCUCCAAAGCCGCACUAACAAUGAUCUGUUUUCUCUGCCGUAUUACAUCUUCAGCCGUCUGUAAUUUAACAAUGGGCUCUAUUCUGCCAAUUCAUGUUUUUAUUUGUUUUCCCAUCUUGUUGACCGUGCAUUACACACACUUAGCUGCAUUGUUAGCAGCCUCAUAGGAAACAGCAGUUCCCAUCUCAGGGAGAGAUUGUUUGCUUCUCGUGGCACGCAGGACAGGACCCAGGUGGCAUGCAGCUGAGCUUGUUCAUAGUUGCUGUAUUUUCUGAACAUGUGUUUACAGUGCCUCACAUUUCUCAGAGAUCCUCACACAAAGGAAUAGCAGUGACACUGUAAAAUUGGAAGCCUUUUGAUGUAGAAAUGCAUUUUUCCCUUCUGGAUCAAAUAAACGGUCACAGCUUACAUCAAUAUUGCAAUGGGAAAAAGGAUUCAGUCCUUACUUUGAGGAUAAAAUGAGGUUGCAAGUUUUUCCAUCCACAAGGGUGGAGAAAUCAACACUUAAAGCUGCUGUGGGGUGUUUUUAACAGGUCAUGAAAGAGACUUAUCAGUGCCUCAUUAAGACCUGAAACAGCAAAGACCAGCAGGAUCAGGGCUGAGGAUUUAUAUGAUGGUUUACUUAGUAUCGCAGCUGCUGCCAGAUAGCCAUCAAGCAAAGUGAUUAUAAAUGUUGCCAGUAUUUGAGCAAAGAUCUAAUGAGAGAUCAUUUACCCUUAAAAUAAAGCAGGAUGAGAUUUUUGUUAAAGACCCACUCCAAUAAAAAUCAUGUUUUUCUUGUAGUCUACAUGUUCAUAUGGUAUUUUUCAGAUGCUACAGGACAUAACAUGAGAAAAGUAAGUGUGAAAUUGCUUUUCUGAGUAUUUCUGCAUUCACAUCGCUGUGAAUCUCUGGCAGACCCAAACAGCCGGCUCAGAAAAAGAGAGAUUUCCUACAAAGCAAAUCCAAGCUCCGCCCUCGGAGCCCUGCUAUGCAGGUCACAUUCGGAAAAGUAGAGAGGACGAUCGCAGAACAAGCGUGUGAGUUAGUGAAUUGAAAUGCUCGUAAGAAAGCUAAUUAUGAUUUUAACUUCAAUCAUGCCUCUAAAGACACUAGUGUCUGAGAGCUGAAUAGGUCCUACGUUACCUACUUCCUCUACUACACCAGCAAUGUUAGGCUGCAAGCUAACGUGAAGACUAGAGUGAAGAGCAGCGCUGUCUCUGCCCACAACUCAGGGGUGAAUUGCUAAUAAGCGCUGCAUAUAAAAAAAAGCCCUUGAAAAUGACACAGGUAAUGCGAUUUUGGCUAAAAACUUCAUAAUCAUAACUUAAAGACCACUGAGAACACUUUAAGUUGUAAAAAAAACAAAAAAACAACCGGAGUGGGACUUUAAAGAAGCAGGUCUUGCUUGUGCACUGGUCAAAAUCAGCUAAAGCGAAGAGUACUGCUUUGUCCAGAGGAUGCCAAAUUUACACAAACUGAAAGUUCCUGACAGGAGCUUUAACAAUGAAAGAAUGCAGAACAAGAGUCAGAGGGGGGAGCUUUCUCUGCUGAAACCUAAACUUAGUACAGAUCUAUAAAAAACAGAUUGAACAGACUUAACAUUCCCUCAUAGAAAAUCCCACAAACAGAAUGAAGGAGCAGCUUGUCCAUGUGUCACCUAUAACCUUGCUCAGCAGUUAAACUUGAAAGUAAACAAUAUUUGCACAAUGUAUUGGUCGCCUUGCCUUUGCUGCAUUGUAUAUAUAGUCCAUACAGCAGAGACCCUGAGAGAUGUGUCUUUGUGUUGUAUGUUCAGCACGCAAGUUUGCAAUUCAGGCUGCUCUUGAACUAUAAAGAUGCCCUCCUUUCUGCUGGGUGACAUUGUACUGUGACAUUUCACAGAAACAUAUAUGUCACGCAUGCAGGAGACAUGUUAUACAAUAGAAAACAAACUCUUAACACGAUGGAUGUUUGUGUUGCAUCUAGACCAUCCUUGAAGGCACACCAUAAAAAGAAAAAAAGAAAACAUUUUCCACAACAUGACAUCUUUUGUUGUUCACUUUUUAAAGUUUUCUGAAACAGCCUCGUGGUUGUUUUUCAGGAACCUACAUUUCAAACAGGUUAGACAGCUGACAGCGCUGUUAAAAAGCUCCUCUCUGCAGCCUACUUUUUGACAUGUCAGCACAGGAGGAGUACAGGUGCUAUGAUUAUUAGCAUUAAGGAGGCUCUGCUCUAUUUGUGCUUCUCAGAAAAUCAUGAUAGAGUGACAGUAAGUCAACAUACAGACAGUCCACAGAGAGGGAAAGUGGGUGUUCAAGUAAAUCUGCGCACCAGGAAAACGCACAAUUAGACAGGAUGUGUUCCUGAUGCAGUGAAAGCUACGGCUCAGUCAACGACCAAAGACAUGUGUACAGGAGCCUGUGGAGUUAAGAAUCGAGUUACAAACCCUGACAAAGGAGAAAAUUUGGUAUGUUGACACAGGAUAGACUCCAGAGUCCUGACAGUGACCCGUCAGGACUGUGAGAGGAAGGAAGAGAGGCCGGCCAAAGCAAAGGUGUGGAACCAGAAGCAUUCACGUAGAAAAAGGAAGCUGCUUUUCUUUCCUCUCAUCAGCUAGAAAUGAAACUAGGAAAGCGACGUCCAUUAGAGAGAGCUGUCCAAACACAGAGAGAGAGAGAGAGUGUUAAUGUUGCUAGAGAAGCCAAAAUUUAGACACCGUGAGAAAUACUGAGAAACCAGAAUGUUCUCAGAGAUGGACCUGUUCGUCUCUCACAUUUGCCCACUCUCUUGUUGUGAAGCGUCUUCAUACUUCAGAUGAUGAAACUGAUGGGAGAGUUCUGGGCUUGUAGGUAUAUUCAACAUCAGUUUGAUGGAUAUAUUAUGUUUCAUGUGCCAGUUUUAAAAGUUUUGAACUCGGCUCUCCUCACCUGUACCUGCAGCUCAGUAUCUGAAAAGGCUUUCACCACGAUCUCCUCCAUGUGAAUUAUUCAUACUUGUAAGAGUGAUAAAAUGAAGCCUGUGUUAUUUUGGUGCAUGGUGACGCAACUACCUUAUAAAAUCACAAUGUGAAACGUCUUAAAAAAAGGCCUGGAAAAUCUCUAACCACACAUCCUAAAGAAUCUUAGUUCUCUGUUUUCGUCUUUUGAUUAUUUCAGAAAGUUGUUUUUGACAAGAGAAAAUUGUUCAAGAUGCAAAUGAUUUUGUAUUUAGAACAUACACUUGAAGUUAAGCUUUAUAACGUUGGUGCUUUCAACAAACGCAGAAGAAAUCUGUCUUGAAUUUGACAUUAAAUAGGAUGUGAAAGUCUCAGACAUAAAUUUAUUAACAUCCAUUUUCCAAAAUCAAGCGUUCAAGUUUCAAUUUUGGUGUGACUGCACUUUUGUUUUCCUGCAGAUAAUUGAUAGCACCCUCACUUGUAAUUACACAUUAAUAAUCUUUAAGAAGAAUAGAGGGUUAUAUCUGAAGAUAUUUUGUGCUAUGAUGGCACAGUCGUCUUCCUACCCAAUUACAGCGAGAGAUUAGGUUUGAAACAUAAGCCUUUGAUCUGACUCAGUGAUUAACACAGCCGGAGUUUAGUCGUCCAAAUCGUUGGCAGAUGCUCUGCUAAGCUCCGCGGGCCUCAGCAGGCAGUAUGAUGGGAUCUCUGGCUCGCGGGGAGGACCGGGAGGGGCACUCCACAGAUCAGGGCUCAAAUGUGGACAGUCAUAUCCAGAGGCGGCCUCAUGUGUCCUCUCCUGUGCCCAUUACACAGGAGCCAGAUAUGAUCCUCAUAUUUCCAUUCACCUGACUCCCCUCCAAGAUUCAUUCAGCUGUUCACAGUUUGGGUGUGGAGUCGGGGGAUCUCAGUGUGUAAUGGUAUACUCAUUUUCUGUUUUUCUUUUUUUUUCUUUCUUUGCAGCAAGCCUUGGAUUCCAACCUCAGCAGUCUAAUCAAGAGGACCAGUGAGUUGGAAAGUCUGAUGGGCAAACUUAUCCAAACCUGCCAACAUGUGGAGGUGAGGCUGUUUAUCUGUCUGCUUUCAGGUGCCGGGCUGCUCGCUGCUGUGGUUUUUCAUAGACAACAACUCACUGAAUUAUUAACGCAGUGAUAAAUUACUGUAUCUGAGGGUGACUUUUCAUCAUGUCAACAAGAUUAAGUGCUCAUUAGGCUAUAGAUCAAUCAUGUCUGUAAUGUGCUGCGAAUAGUGUAUUUUCAGAGCAAAUUUCGAUGAAAAAUUGGUCUACAUGAACUUGAAAAUAAGCACACUGUACAAGGUAGACAUUAGGCUUCUUUAAAGGGAUAGUUGAGUUAUUUCAAAGUGGGGUUGUAUGGGGUACUUAUCAAUAGUAAGUGUAUUACUAAAACUUGUUGUAGAACUAUGUACAGGAGCAGAUGGGGUCAGCUCAUGUAUGUUAGUAUGUGUUUUAUGGGCGACAGAAGUUAUAAAGUUGAUUUAAACUAUAAAACUUGCACACUGAUGUUUUGCAUUUUAUUAAAAAGUAAAUGAAGCUGCAACAAUUAUUUCAAUCUGGCUGACCAUGACCCCUGACCUCUGCUGACCUAAUGAGGAAAAGCACCAGAGGACUAUGAGACUGAGAAAAAACUCACUUUUAAAAACUCAAACUAGUUCUAAAAAGUUGAAUUUGCAUUUCCAAUAUCACCACAUGAUUUGUUUCGCAGAGGAUUGGCGCUCAGUUGGUGAUCUGUUACAUUACCACACAAAUGAUCGAUUUUGUUUAUUACACACUGUAAAUUUUUCAGCCCACCUCUACCGGCUGCUCUUAUGUCCUCUCCAUCAUGAGGGGGCCGAUUUAUCCUCUACUGUUGUUUUCCUGCUACAUGGGUUUUGCAUUAUAUUAAUCACACCAUAAAUAAAUCACAAACACUCCCCCUGAUUGACUCUCUCUUAUCUGCACUCCUUCUUCUGUCCUGUCCUGUCUAGGUUAAUGCAUCGCGACAAGAAAACAAGCUGCUGGAGGAGUGCGACCUGCUGAUUAAUAUCAUACAGCAGAGGAGACAGAUCAUAGCUACAAAGAUAAAGGAGGGGAAGGUACCGUUUAUCACCUUCUGUGUCUCGAUAACCUUUGUUUGUAUGUUUAUCACCUUGUGCAUGUUGAUAGCCUCGCCUCCUGGCACAGCUGACAAGGUAGCUUACAUCUUAACACUGGAGCAUGCUGCUCCUGUUAGACUGCAGUAGUAACAAAUCAGUGCUCCUGGGCCAGAGCCUUGUAUCUUGAAAAUGUUCUUUUCUAAGUUAGAGAGAGAAGGCGAGUGCACACACAUCUAUACUGGUGUUACUCUGUAGAAGGACAAGACAGCAAUACAUUUUAAACAAGUUACUACUUCACACAACUACACACAGCUAAACAACAGUAUUUUUGAAGGUUUGUUUUUACCCAGUGCACAGUGCCAGAAAUUAUUCUGCCGCAUAAUUUGUUUCUCACCUGCUCCUUAUCUCCUGCGUGGGUAAAAUGCCACUGAACCUCAGACCUCUUCACAUAUUCAGCACAUCUCCUGAACAGUCUGAACUUUUCUUCAUGUAGCUUAAUGCCCGUCGGCUGCCAAUUCAAUUUCACUGACAAUUUCUUAUCAGACAAUCAAUGAAUUUCAAUGAUUUAAUUUCAAGCACCAGUAUGCGUGGAUGACCUUAAAGCGGAUGUGUAUUUCUGUGAUUGGAGACAAACUGUUGAAUUCUCUACAAAAUGAUUUGCAGGGACGUAUUCAGAUAUUGCAAUUUAAGAAAAUGUAUGAAAAAAGAAUAGUCAGACUAUGUGAAAUUGGCAAGAGGUGUUUUUUUUUUUCUUUUUCAGAGCAGGAGCAUCAUCAAAGUAAUCAUCAUCAUUGUUGUCUUGUGAUGGGAUGGACCAUUUUCUUCUAUUGUUCGUUUGUGUUUUGUGUAAGAAGCAGAAAAAAUAAGAGUUUUUCAUGCUCCUUUCCAGACAUGGACUGUGUUGAAAUCAUGGAACGUUUUCUUCUAAUGUUGUUGAAUAUUUUGUUCACUGCCAUGAAUGGAGCAAAAGAAAAUGAAAAGGCAUAACAUCAUAGGACCCACGAGUCUCACCAGCUGACUAGAACAGGACCAUGUUUUCAUCUCCAUCCUGAUUGGUCAAGUUCCCUCCUCUAGCUGGGUUUGUUUUGAAAUGUUGCUUUUCUUGUCAUGUUGUGGUCGAGGAGUCAUCUUGUCUCACUAUUAUCUCAUCCUUUUGGGUGGAAACCAAUCUGCACAGAAGCUGCUUUGCAGUUACGCAAAAUCAGAAUAACUCACGAAUCCUUUAGCAAGAAAAACAAGUCUGUUCUGAAUCAUGAGGGAAAAAAGUGCAGAUAUUUGUGCAGAAAUGUGGUGGCUCAAAGUAAAAAUCAAAUAUUGAUGCAGCAGACCCCUUUGACCGUACUUGAGAACAGUUAUUAAGCUUUUGAACUUUCCUACUUACAAGGAGGUAAGGUUUUGGCACUUUUGAAAAGGAUCAAUCAAGUUUUUUUAUCUUAAUAUAAAAAAUCAAUCCCACGAAAAAAUACCAAGCCCAUACAUUCGACGUGUGUUAAAUCCAGUCCUCUUGAAUCAAUUCCUCCCCUCUCCUCUGCUUGCCGUCAUUAGAGGCAGUAGCAUGCUGUGCCAUACUCAGUAUCCCGGUGAGAUCAGAUCUGUAUCCUGUGAUGUCCCUCUUGAGGAGGAAGACUCUUUUCCUUCCUCACCCGGUGCGCUGUGUCAGGUUCUGGUUUCAGCUCACAAGUCAAUAAGGCUCAAAUGUGAUGCAUGUUUCCAUGAGCACACUUCUCAUGCCAGCGUAGUUUAUAAAACAGAAUGAAGCUCAUACUUUUUUGUUAAUGAUAUGACAGAGAAAUCUUAUUGUCAGGGACUGAAAUCAAAUAAGCCUGUGCAGGAUUUUCUAAUCUGCAAAGUAGAAUCAAAUCUAACAUUUUGCCAGUUGGUGCCUCAUACAGGAAGCAGAACUUUAGAAGGUUAUUUCCAAAGCUCUUCAUCUAUCAACAUGUUUUUUUUUCCUGUCUCUGUUCAGACUGUGCGGUUGAGGAAACUAGCCCAGCAGAUUGGCAGCUGCAAACAGUGCAUCGAGAGGUCCUCGUCUCUCAUCGCUCAGGCCGACCAAACUCUUAAAGAGACGGAUCAUACUCGCUUCCUCCAGACAGCCAAAAGCAUCUGUGAGAGGUGAUUGAAAAAGAAAGCAAUCAAAUAUAAUGGCAUAUGAAUCAAUCAGCAUCAGUGAUAAUGUUCUUCUUCUAUUUUAGAGUUUCAAUGGCAACAGCCUCCUCCCAAAUCCUGUUACCAGAAAUCAACCUGAAUGACACCUUUGAUACUUUUGCUUUGGACUUCUCGCGGGAGAAGAAGAUGUUAGAGAGCUUGGAUUACCUCACAGGUGAGUGAUUCUUGAACAUGAUCUAUUCCUCACUCUCUAAUAACUCUCUGGAGACCGUAGGCACUCUACAAUACUUGGACAGAAUUUUACUCACAUUCUUGAAGCUAAUUUCUUUCUCGAUGAUUUGGCUCUUUAGUCAAGCAGUACCACUUAAACUGUCCUCGAAAUCUCUUUAAUUAUAAAUUGUAUUUAUCGGCUUUGGCAUAAAUACAAGCAUGGACUUUGUAUAUUAACUAGCCGGUGACAGAAAACUCAAAAUGUUUCACCACAGUGGAUUUUUAUUUUCCUCUAAAUGAAACAGGUUUGAUUGUUUAUUCUCAGCGCCUGUUGUGCAGCGUGAAUUAAACCCUGCAUGGGGGCUGUAGCUCUAAUAGCUAGAGGAACUGCUUCCCGGUUUAAUUACACCAGUCAGAGCAGAAAACACAAAAGGAUGUUGCUGUCUGCCAUUAUCCUUUCUAUUUUUUGUGGUCUCUGCAACAUAUUGAGAAUUUUUGGUCGUUAUUCUGUUGCUGUUUUGUACAGAAUACAAUCCACUCAGCUUUUCAUUACUAGCUUGGAACGGCAUUUUUCUUUUGUUUUCCAAUUGCAGCACCAAAUCCACCAGUAAUCCGCGAGGAAUUAUGUACAGCUUCGUAUGACACAAUCACAGUCCACUGGACAUCAGAUGACGAAUUCUCGGUGGUAUCAUAUGAACUUCAGUACGCCAUCUUCACCAGCCACUCCAAUGUUGUCAGUAAGUCUACGUGCAGCUCUCUGGCGGCAAAUUGUUUGUGGUGGGAAACAUGACAAUGACUGAGGGAUUUUAGAGGGAUUUCGCUGAAGGACUUAAAAUUGUUUGGGGGCUGUGUUACAAUAUCCCAACAUAAUAUUGUAUUGUAGCAGCGAGAGAGGGGGGCUUUGUGCAGGCUCUUGAGGGUAAUGAGAUGUUACCAAAAUACACUGCAAUUUUUGGGUCUAGGAGGGGAUAAGGGAUAAAAAAACCCUGCUCAGUCAGACUAGAUUUACAUCCAGAUGCACAUCAUGAGCUCGAUAUUGUCUUUGGGGUUGGAAUGAGCAGCAGACUGCUGGAAUUGAUUGCGCUAACAAGGUCACAACAUGCUCAAUCAAGCAAUUUAUGAUCAUCUGCCUCAGUGCUGAAACGCAUUAGGAUGAGUGGUAAUGCAGCUAUAUUUGAGGUGCCAAAACAAGUCCCACUUUUUUGUUUUCAAACACUGAAAAAAUGCCUCACUUGUGAGUUUUUCAAGCAAAUCUAUUUUCGUUUUUUUCAUUGACUUUCUGUGUCUGGGCUGUAGGUCUGUGCAACUCUGCUGAUAGCUGGAUGAUUGUACCAAACAUCAAACAAAAUCACUACACCGUGCACGGCCUCCAGUGUGGCACAAAGUACAUUUUCAUAGUGAAAGCCAUAAACCAGGCUGGAAACCGCAGCAGUGAACCAGGGAAGCUCAAGACCAACAGUAAGUCAAGUUAUGCACAUCUAAACGGUUGAUUAUCCACAAGGAUUCUAAUGCAUUUUAAUUCAUACUUUUUUGUAAGGUCAACCUUUCAAACUGGACCCAAAGUCAGCCCACAGGAAGCUGAGGGUGUCACACGAUAACCUGACAGUGGAGAGGGACGAGACGUCGUCUAAGAAGAGCCACAGUCAGGACCGUUUCACCAGCCACAGCAGCUACGGAGUGACAGGAAACGUCUACAUUGACAGCGGACGCCAUUACUGGGAAGCUCUGAUAGGAGGAAGCACAUGGUAAAAACAUCAGCCUGUUUGCAGCCUUGAUAAUGAAGUAGCUGCUGGGAAGCUGUUGUAUAUCUGCUGUUUAACACUUUGAUCAAAACUCUCUGUAUUGAUUUAUGAAGUUCAGAUGUAAAUAUAUGAUGCAGCUUUUCCACAAUCAGACCUCAUGAUUUCUGCACCAACCAAAUGUUUUUGAUUCACUCUUUAAGUUUUAAAUUAACGCUCAUGGUCCUCAGUGGAUUCAUUGUAAUGUGUUGGGAAAUCUUGUGAUUUUUGCUGUUGUCUCACCUUUAGUUUUUCCGCAACAUAAUUAGAUAAUUAUCCAAGAAAUCAGGCUAGUCAAUAAAGCUAUGAUUAUAUUUUCUUUUUCUUGCCUUCAGGUCAGGUCAAAUUUUCAAAUAUCUAAUAAUUUCACUCCAAUUAACUUUGAAUAUGUUUUGUUUUGUGCAACAUUUUUAUUCUUAGUAUGCUGACACACUAAAUACUGAACAUAGUAUCCAUACUUUAUGCCGGGCAUCAGUUUGAUAUUGCCAUUGUGUGGAUUUUAACACAGUGAAGUUGUCAUAUGCUUUCAGCAUUGCUGUGUCCACAGAACCUCAUAGCCACCAGCAUGCUUUGCAGGCUUGUUUAUAUUCAUAUUAACAUUGCUCCAGGUCGACAAAGCUAGAAUUGUAUCUGUAUUAGUGGUUAAGUCUCUCUGUUUCCUUUUGGCAUGCAGGUUUGCAGUUGGCAUCGCAUACAAGUCGGCGCCAAAGCAUGAGUGGGUCGGCAAAAACUCCGCCUCCUGGGUACUGUCUCGGUGUAACAACUCUUGGGUGGUGCGUCAUAACUGUAAGGAAAUGCCCAUAGAGCCUUCCCCCCAUCUGCGGAGGCUGGGGGUACUGUUGGACUACGACACUGGAUCUCUGUCUUUCUACGACGCUGUGGGCUCUCAGCACUUGUACACCUUUGACAUUGCCUUUGCUCAGCCUGUGUGCCCUGUGUUUAACGUGUGGAACAGGUGUUUAACAAUCCUCACAGGACUGCCAAUCCCGGAUCACUUAGAGGGGACAGAUUUCAAUGACUGAAUAAACCUGUCCGACUGGAUUUUUACGUUAUGUGUUUCCAAAAGGAAACCUGACUGCCUGCGCCUGAUUGACUGUGAUGCCUGUUUACUGUUAACAAAAUAGAAACGGUAAACGAACAAGAUGCACUUAUUAACCCAGGAUAACAUUCCUAAUCAAGCCUUUUGUUGAAAUUAAUUAUUUAAAAUAUAUUUUCAAACAUCUAUAGAUGUUUUUCUUUGCUUUGCACAUUUAUGUACAACACACUGCUGGGUGAUUUUGAGGGUUUGCUUGAAUUUUACACAUUGAGAAUAUUUUUGAAUAGGCUACAGAUUCUAUAUGUUUCCACUUCUGUGUUUUAUCAGGUUGCAAGUGAUAAGCAAUAUCUAUGACUUACUAUGUUUUUGGAAGGUUGAAUUAGAGGCUCCUUUUGAUGUAAGGUUUCGGAUAGUUUUUGAAGUGAAUACACUUUGAAAAGUUGUGACCAUAAAAAGUGCACUAAGCCACUUACCAUGUACCAUAAUGCAACAUUUCCUUGUAACUGUUUUGUAUGGUAAAAAAACACUUAAAUAGGUCAGAUAACAGUAGUUAACAGCAGCUUCACUUGUAGCGUGAAAUCAGUCAAUUCAGCAAAUUUUAAAUAUUUAUUUUGUGUACAUUUUUCAUCAUAGCUCAGCAUUAUCUCAGCCUUCUCACUCAAGCUCUUCAUAACGAUUUUCAUGUUUUAGUUCUAGUCAGACAAAAUAAAACUGACGUCCUUUAAUCAUC